CCUCAGAAAAAGAGGGAAAGAAGAAGAAUAACAACUACCGACUUUUAGAUCCACCCAGAGUUGGGAGUCCUGAGUAUUGUUUAGUCUAGUUUAGUCAAAGAUGCCUUUCAUCAGCCUACAGAGUAAUCUGCCGGCCAACUCCUUCUCUGAAGACUUUUUGAAGAGACUAUGCUGCAGCACCGCGGCUGCUCUGGGGAAACCACAAGACAGGAUGAACGUGGUGGUGCAGCCUGGCCUGCCAAUGCUGAUGGCAGGCUCUUGCUCUCCGUGCGUGAUGUUGUCAGUUUCUGCUAUCAAUGUGACUGACACUGCUGAGAAGAACAAGGAGCACAGUGCCAAAAUCUUCGAAUUUCUGAGCAGAGAACUUGCUCUAACUGAAGACAGGAUUGUUAUACAGUUCCAUGCUCUGGAGCCUCACCAGGUUGGGAAGAACGGAACCGUCAUGAGUUUCUUGUGAAGGACAAAGUUUCUGAUGUGACUCCAUCUCAGUCCUUAAGGAAGCACAAGAAGAUACAGACAGAUUAAAUCAGUAUUAAUCACAGGUUCAAAUAAAGAUCGGAGGUGUAGUGCUAUCUGAUGAAGUACCGGAGCACACCUAAUGCAUGUGUGCAUGCCUGCACAUGGUUAAGUUUUGGCUUGUUUCAAGGGCCACUUUCCUAUGAUAGCAACCCCUCAAAUUUAUUAUGACCACUCAUCAGAAGCCUCCUAAAUCUAUAAGAAAAUACAGUAGAUGCUCUUGGCUCCAAUGUUGACACAUCAGCUGUGUGCUGGGCUUGUGACUGGCCACCCUGUGCCUUACCUGUGUCAUAUACAUAGACCUACAGCUGAUCACCCACAGGUACACAGGUAAAACAGUCUGUUUAAAUCACAGCAUCACUUAAGUUAAAUAUAAAGUCUGUUUCUGCUGAUGAUCGUCAAAUCUGAUGUUUGUCUCCACGGCCCCUCCUGGAGAUGAUGCUCUAGUUUGUCAGUCUGAAUGAUCUGAGUUCUGUUCUGUCACUUGUCUUUUGUAAACAGGGUCUGUAUUCAACACUAAACUGUGUCGCUGUGAACAACCCACAUUAUGUGUUUGAACAAAACAUGCAAACCCCCGUGGGUGCCAAUUCUGCAUCUGAGCAUGCAUUGUUUAAGUCAGUGCUGUGAAACAAUCACAUUUUAAAUUGCAGUAUGACAGCUUAGAGCAUUCCAUUUUGCAGGACAUACGCUUUACUGUUGAUUGGAUCUUCAAUCACCAGUGUUUGGAUAGUGCUCACAAAAAUGCAAUGUAAUGAACUUCCACCACAUUAUUCCAGUAGGCCAAUUCUUUUUACUCUCCCGGAGAGAAGAAGUGGCAGAGUGUUGCUCCGGUGUGUUCCAGCAGCACUACACCUGUGGUAAACAUUAAAUUUAAUUGUCAAUUACUGUGCUUUAAUGUCAUAGCCAGGUUUUGCAUACAAAGCUGUAAAAGAUGUUCUGUUCCAUUCCUGAAAUCACUUGUAUUACAGACUGUUGCCGUAGUCCAGACUAGAACUACAUUAAAGAAAACAUCCUACUAGUUUCAGGAAAAUCAUUUUGAAAAGAAAACACUUUUUGUUUUCCCCUGACUUUAUUCUCAGAACUGGAACAUACAUGUCUGUCUUGUGGCCUAAACCUCUUCUGUAAAUAGGCCUGUAACUCAUCACUAAAGAUAUUGAGGAGAUGAA